CUUCCGUCCAGCCGCCUCAGAGCCACGCGGCGGGUCGCCUGGGAGGUGUUUUCUUCAGAGCUCGUUGGCGCCACUUUCCACAUCCUCCGGCUGCUGUCUAUUUGCAUUUGAGAAUCUGAUUUCCUCUCCAGGACGGGAGAUCCUCAGUCUCCUCUUCCUAGGACUCCAGUAUCCCGGGACCGACAGCCAGGAGCCCUAACCCUGGGAUCCCGGGCUCCUGGAGCCAGGAGGCAUCCCGGAUCUACGCCACCUGGAUUGAGCUUCUUGAAGACCUCAGCCACUUGGGCGUCCUCAAGCCUUCCCGGAGCCAAAGAUCCCCACGUCCUGGUCUGAAGAACUGCCCCCCAAAAGAAAACCAGCGCAGGCGCUCUCAAUUCCCAGUUUUCGGGGGUCCGAUACCACUGGGGAAAGAAAAGGGGUCUCGGCGCACAGCCUAGGGAGCUUAGGACCCUCCAGCCUUCGAGAGCCAGCGGACCCACGACUUCAAGGACCCCCUGCAAAGUUCCCGCCUCGACUCUCCGCCUCAGGAACAUUGCACCCAGUCUCCAGGCGCUCAAGGAACCCCCCAAUCGCGGCUCAGCAUGGUUGUGGAUCCCCCUAAGACCGACACCAAAGGGGUGAUGGCGGUGGAUCCCACCGCCAACGGUGCCCCGGCGCUGGGCUCCGGAGAAGACCAAGGCGCCAAAGCAGGUGGUUGCUGCGGUUCCUGGGACCAGGUGCGCCGCUGCCUUCGCGCCAACCUGCUGGUGUUGCUCACGGUGGCGGCGGUGGUGGCCGGCGUGGUGAUAGGGCUGGGGGUCUCGGCGUCGGGCGGUGCUGAAGCGCUGGGCCCCGCGCGCUUGAUCGCCUUCGGCUUCCCGGGAGAGCUGCUGCUGCGUCUGCUGAAAAUGAUCAUCCUGCCGCUGGUGGUGUGCAGCUUGAUCGGAGGUGCGGCCAGCCUGGACCCUAGCGCGCUGGGCCGUGUGGGCGCCUGGGCGCUGCUCUUUUUCAUGCUAACCACUCUGCUCGCGUCCGCGCUCGGCGUGGGUUUGGCUUUGGCGCUGAAGCCCGGCGUCGCCUUUACCGCUAACAACGGCACGAUCGGAGGCACCAGUGUCCCCAAAGCACCCACCAAGGAGGUGCUGGAUUCCUUCCUGGAUCUCGUGAGGAAUAUUUUCCCCUCCAAUCUGGUGUCUGCUGCGUUCCGCACUUAUGCAACCUCAUACGCAUCGAAAACAUCUGAGACAAAGCAGACUACCAGCUGUUCAUGGAGAGAGUACAACGCCACCAUGAUCCAGCUGGGAUGUGAGGAAGAGGGCAUGAACAUCCUGGGCCUGGUGGUGUUCGCCAUCGUCUUCGGUGUGGCCCUGAGGAAGCUGGGACCUGAGGGCGAACUGCUCAUUCGUUUCUUCAACUCCUUCAAUGAUGCCACCAUGGUCCUGGUCUCCUGGAUUAUGUGGUACGCCCCUGUGGGCAUCCUGUUCCUGGUGGCCAGAAAGAUUGUGGAGAUGGAAGACGUCCGCCAGGUCUUCAUCGGACUCGGCAAGUACAUCCUGUGCUGCCUCCUGGGUCACGCCAUCCACGGACUCCUGGUUCUGCCCCUCAUCUAUUUCAUCUUCACCCGCAAAAACCCCUACCGAUUCCUGUGGGGUAUCAUGACGCCACUGGCCACAGCUUUUGGGACGUCUUCUAGCUCUGCCACGCUGCCCCUGAUGAUGAAGUGUGUGGAGGAGAAGAACGGGGUGUCCAAACACAUCAGCCGCUUCAUCCUGCCCAUCGGCGCCACGGUCAACAUGGACGGGGCGGCGCUGUUCCAGUGUGUGGCUGCAGUGUUCAUUGCUCAGCUAAAUGGGGUGUCCCUGGACUUCGUGAAGAUCAUCACCAUCCUGGUCACGGCUACUGCCUCCAGUGUGGGGGCCGCAGGCAUCCCUGCAGGGGGUGUCCUCACGCUGUCCAUCAUCUUGGAAGCCGUCGGCCUCCCUGUCAAGGACAUCACCUGGGUCUUGGCUGUGGACUGGCUAGUGGACAGGUCCUGUACCAUCAUCAAUGUGGAAGGGGAUGCCUUCGGGGCAGGGCUGCUUCAAAGUUAUGUGGAUCGUACCAAGACGCCAAGCUCAGAGCCUGAGUUGAUCCACGUAAAGAAUGAAAUGCCUCUGAGUCCACUGCCCCUCGCCCCAGAGGAGGGGAACCCCCUUCUCAAACAAUACCGGGGACCCGCCGGGGACGCUGCCACGUGUGAAAAGGAAUCUGUGAUGUGAACAUCAGGAGGGAUUUCUAUGCCCUGGAAGUGCAUAUCUGAAGGCUGGAGAAACUCCAGGGGAGGAGUUUACACGGUCCAGGAAAAACUAGGGGUCCCUAUCUCCUUCCUGGAACGGAUAUCGGGGCCUCAUUGCUGAGGUACAUGUGCUUAUAUAUGAAUGUGUCCACAAAUCUUCCCCCAUCCUGGCUCCCACUCAAGGAGAUAACAUUCUCUGUUACCCAGAGCCAUCCAGUCUACCUGUCAACCCACUAGAGUCCUAGCCUUUGAAGGCAGAAGUAUUGUGAUGUGAUGCUAUCUAAUGGCUGUAGCUGGUGUGUGUGUGUGUGUGUGUGUGUGUGUGUGUGUGUGUGUGUGUGUGUGUACACUCGUGUGUGGUGCUUGUGCACGCUGUGACCUUCCCAGUAGUCCCUCCAUGACAACAAACACUCCCCCACAAGUCCCAAGGAAAGCCAAGGAUAAAUAUUGUCACUCCAGAUCACAUUUUUUAAAGCAAUAAAAUGGUGUCAAAUGUA